AUGCAGCCUCUGGCCGAACCCAUUCUGUCACGGCCAACCCUGCAGAGGCGUCCGGCGACGGUGGUUCUCGGGCCGCCUCUGGCCGAGGCACAGACUCGGACCAGAACUUCUUUCAAAGCGGCACUUCUAUGCUCAUCUGCGGCAAUAGCAAUCUCUGGACAUGGGCAGCGAAAGCGAUUGGCCGUGAAGGCCCUGGCGCCCAAAGAGACAGGUGCUUUGGUGUCCGUGUCCGAACUUCCGAAGGUGGAGGCUCUUGGGGUGGAGCUGCGCCAAACCUCGGGUAUUGCGGCGCCGGUGAAUGUCCAGACUGGGCAGCUGACCGGCGAGCCCUUCCGGAUUCGCCAUGAGCUUGGGCCCGACACGAAGAAGAACAUCGCGACCGUCACAGGUACGCUGCAGCAGCUUAGAAAGCACUUUGGAUGGAACAAGGUCAUCGGCUGCUCAGUCACCAAGGCGUUGAUGGAGAACUUGACUGAGGAUGACGAUGGUGACUAUCCGAGUCGACGGGAAAAGGUUCAAGAUCUACUGCGCAAGAGCUUGAACCGACGGGGACAGGUGGCCUUCUUUCAUGUGGACAUCCACACGGUGGGGGCAGGAUACCAUGAACUGGUCUGGGGCGACAGUAGAUCUACGGACGUUUGGCGAAAGAAGACCAUCCUGGUCUGCACCCUGGGCAGAAACAUCGGCGCAGUUCUCUUCAAUGAUGGCCGCCGGGUGCGACAUUCCCCGCUGAACGACCUUUUCACAUCGAGCCGGCACGCAAACUUGCCCAGCGAUGCGGGGGACUACAAGUUUGUACCACCUAUGACAGGAACGGAGUCGUUUGAAGAGUGGGUGUCACUUCUGGACGACUACCUUGCCGAAAUCGUAGAGUCGGUUCCCACAGGAUUGGGUCGCCUGGUGCUUGUGCCGACAGGGAGGAUUGCCAGCGCCGACCGAUGCAUCUCCGAGGCACUGAUGGGGUCACCGCGCCUGGCAAAGACGAAGGAAAAGGCAGCGGAGAGGGGUGCUGACAUGGUGGUGGCCGAGUCGGAGGAGGAGGUCAAUAUUGUGCGAGGCAUGGCCCUGGAUGCCAUCUUCGAGCUGCAGAUCAGCCAGGCGAGGCGGGCGCUGGAUGGGGUCCUGCACGACUCCAAGAUCCUGCAGCACCUCUCGGAAGUGCAGCUUGAGGCGAUUUUUGAUCAAAUGGAUGUGGACGGAGAUAGACGACUUCAACCUGACGAGCUGCAGCGUGCCUUGGCACUGCUGGGCCUGGAACGCGAACUGGAGAAGCUAGUGGAGGAGUUAGACACCACAAAGGAUGGUGUCGUGUCAUUCACUGAGUUUCUGGCCUGGUGGCGGAAGCAUGUCAUUGAGGCCAGGUGCGUCGUGACUACGAGCGCAAAGGCCUGGCAAAGCAUCAUCACAAAUGUGAAUCCCCCGCUGCAGCUCGGGCAGCUGGUGCUCCUAAAGGUGACUUUCACCUUCUGCCGGAGUUGCCGGGCCUUUGAGCCGAAGUGGCGCAGGUACUCUGAGGAGUUUCGAGACAUUCGCUUCGUAGAGCUUGUUGGCAAUGGCACAGUGGGUGCCAUGGAAUUCGUCACGAAAGAACUGGGCGUCAAGGUGUCCCCUGCUUUCUUCAUGUAUAGACGUGGAGAACACGGUGGGGAAAUCAUCGAGCGAUGGACUGGCGCGAAUGCGGAGCGCUUCGAGAGCAAUGUGCGGGCGUGUCUGGAACGGGAGGCAGAGAGAGUUUCCCAGGGAGCGUGA